AUGGCCGAGAGAGAUAAAUCCAAAAACAAAAUCCCAUUGGCUCCAGAUCGAAUGAAGAAGAGGGGUAGACCUCCGUUGAUGCUUAGGGGCAGAGGUCGAGGACGUCCUCCUAGUUCUUCCACAGUUCCACCAAAUAUAGUUUCUAACGUUGAGACUGGAUCAAGCUUCGUCCCUUACCAUCUCACUGUGAAUCCUGGGGAGGACUUGCUAGAGAAGGUAGCAACAUUUGCUAAAGCAUCCUCUCUAACCGUUUGCGUACUUUCUGCUGUGGGUUCCAUAUCGAGGGUUGUUUUUCGCAAGCCCUGUCCUCCUCCAAUUAUUGAUACUGUGACGUGGGAGGGGCGCUUUCAAAUUUUGUCACUGUCUGGAAAAUAUACCUUUGUCCCUGGUCAGGAGGGUAAGUAUGGAGAACAUAACAGCUGGAACCUUGCAAUAUCUGAUUUUAAUGGAGCAGUUUUUGGAGGUUCUGUUGUGGGGCCAAUAAUUGUAGCUUCCCCUGUUGAGAAAAUGAUCAAACUAACUCUGAACCUCUUUGGUCUAUUAGCUUAUUCUUGCCACUUUCCAGCUGAAGAGUGCGGAAGAAAUCAGAAGGCACGCAUAUUCCAGACUUAA